UGCCGCCGAGAGUUUAGAAAUCCUAACGUGCAUUGCAUGCAUUACGAGGCCUCUUUCUAACCCCUCACAAAUUGGCGUGUGAAGUGAGGUCUAGACAUUCAAUGACCUUGGACACCUUGCUAUGAGCCUUCUGCAGAUAAGACUGACUGCUAUCGAAGCCUCACCACCAACCUUUUCCGCAUGACGCCCGACCUCUUGACUUCGAAUCUUCAAUACAGCAAUAUACUCCGGAUGAUGUUACACGAAAUGAGACUCUUGAAUGUGGGGAAAUGCUACGGCUCAAGUCAAGACUAAAGGAUCGGAUCCAUCCAUCGGCCGACAGGUCAAGCAGAGAUAGGCAGGGUCCCAUCCUGGGCAUUCGACAUGGGUUCAUUUAACAUCCAAGAUGACAAGCGAACUUGUCUAAUCAUGGCCUUUUGCUUUCGACUCGUGUUGACCGUUUCGGCUAUUGCUCAGCUAACUCCCUCGACUGCGUUCUCGCAUCAGGGCUCUCAGACACUCGAUGGUAUGCUGACAGAUUGGAGUCAACACAAGACGCAAUUAUCACAUCAUCAAACCAAGUCAUAGACUCCUAGUGCAUGAUGUUUGCAGGAUAAACCCACAUGGAAAUCGCGAACUCGUGCCAUCGAAUUCUCCGGGAUCGACAUGAGAGUUCAUCCACCCAUUCACAUGCGGUGUGCCAUUGGCCCGCCUUUUCAGAUAUAUCCAACACCACACGACGUGACAUUCGUGUCAGCAAACUCUCAAUGUUCUUCACAUGCAUACCCAACCUCUUCACUUCUUGACGUUCCCCGCAACGAUUUUCUUCUCAUGGAUGCAAAGAAAGAACCCAGAGCAAAGCUUUCUUUGGCGAUACCUCUUACUAGCCUAUUCACAGGCUUUCCAAUAAGGCAUACACCCUGUACCAGAUAUCUCCAACUGACGCCAAAUGUUCUCCAAUCUACAAACGGAACUUUACAGUAUCCACUUAGCCAAGCGCAAAUAUUACAUCCUUUGAAACCAUAACUCAAUAGUUUCGGGCGAAUGGUUUAGUGGUAUAAUACUCCCUUAGCAUGGCUUCGUUGCUCAUCAACCCUUCAUCUGGGAGUGGUCCAGGGUUCGAUUCCCUGUUCGUCCAACCAUGGUAGUCACGUUCUAUCGUCUCACUCUUUUUGCUGCUCAAACACUCGAAAUGCUUCCAGAGCUCUCAGCGGAUGACGCAUCAAGACUAUACUUCACCCUGUUAAUUCAGAACGUGUAUGCUAUUUGAACGAGUGUAAGAUGCUUGCUGAGCCUUAG